UCGCUGGCACAGCAGAGCCCAGUAGACGGGAGGAGAGGGCGGGAUCUGAAGAGGAGCACCCAGACAAACUGUCCACAGCACGGGCUGGCAGCAUGGGUGAAGAGGGGCCUCCCAGUCUGGAGUACAUCAAGGCCAAGGACCUGUUCCCCCAGAAGGAGCUGGUGAAGGAGGAUGACAGCCUACAGGUGCCAUUCCCAGUUCUUCAGGGGGAAGGGGUGGAAUAUCUCGGCCGUGCUGAUGAAGCCAUCAUUGCCAUUUCUAACUACAGGCUCCACAUCAAGUUCAAGGACUCUGUCAUCAAUGUGCCUCUCAGGCUGAUAGAGGGUGUGGAGAGCAGAGAUAUGUUCCAGCUGCACAUCAUCUGCAAAGACUCCAAAGUUGUCAGAUGUCACUUUGCAACAUUCAAGCAGUGCCAGGAGUGGGUCAAGCGUCUGAACCGGGCCAUAGCUCACCCGUCCCGGCUGGAGGACCUGUUUGCCCUGGCCUACCAUGCAUGGUGUCUAGGGGGCAGCGCUGACGAUGAGGACCAGCACGUUCAUCUCUGUCGCCCGGGUGAUCAUGUGCGUCAGAGAAUGGAAAUAGAGGUCAAGAGGAUGGGCUUCGACACACAGAACAUCUGGAGAGUGUCAGACAUAAACUGCAACUUCAAGCUGUGCUCCAGCUACCCACAGAAGCUUCUGGUUCCCAUAUGGAUCACAGACAAAGAGCUGGAGAGUGUGGCCUCCUUCAGAUCCUGGAAGAGGAUCCCUGUGGUCGUCUAUAGGCACCAGAAGAAUGGGGCUGUGAUCGCCCGUUGCAGCCAGCCUGAGAUCAGCUGGUGGGGCUGGAGAAACACGGAUGAUGAGUACCUGGUGACGUCCAUUGCCAAAGCCUGUCAGAUGGAUGCCGGAGCCAAGGGUACCUGUGGAGCACCAGCCUGCCGACAACGUGGGGAAGCUCCUGACUCCUCGGAUAGUGAUUUUGACUCUUCUCUGACAGGUGGCUCUGGCUGCGAUGACAACACUGUGCCACAGAAGCUACUGAUUCUGGAUGCUCGCUCAUACACUGCUGCAGUGGCUAACAGAGCCAAGGGUGGAGGCUGUGAAUGUGAAGAAUACUACCCCAACUGCGAGGUGAUGUUUAUGGGAAUGGCCAACAUCCACGCCAUUCGCAACAGCUUCCAGGCUCUGAGGACUGUGUGCAGUCAGAUUCCGGAUCCGGCAAACUGGCUUUCAGCACUCGAGAGCACCCGCUGGCUGCAGCACCUGUCUGUCAUGUUAAAGGCAGCCACCCUGGUGUGUUCAGCAGUGGAGAGGGACGGCCGUCCUGUCCUGGUGCACUGCUCGGACGGGUGGGACCGCACACCCCAAAUAAUAGCCCUUGCCAAGGUCCUGCUGGACCCCUACUACAGAACAUUAGAGGGUUUCCAGGUGCUUGUAGAGACUGAGUGGCUCGACUAUGGCCAUAAGUUCGGGGACCGCUGUGGCCACCAGGAGAAUGCUGAUGAUGUGAGCGAGCAGUGUCCCGUCUUCCUGCAGUGGCUGGACUGUGUUCACCAGCUGCUCAAACAGUUCCCCUGCCUGUUUGAGUUCAAUGAGGCCUUCCUGGUCAAGUUGGUGCAGCACACAUACUCGUGUCUUUACGGCACAUUUCUGUGUAACAAUGCUCGCGAGAGGGAGGCGAGGAACAUCUACAAACGCACCUGCUCUGUGUGGUCACUGCUUCGCACAGGAAACAAGAACUUCCAGAACUUCCUCUACAUCCCCAGUCAUGAUAUGGUGCUGCAGCCAGUCUGCCACACUCGAGCAUUACAGCUGUGGACAGCUGUUUACCUGCCCACGUCCUCCCCUUGCACAGCUGUGGAUGAUUCUAUGGAGCUCUACCUCCCCCCAAAUGUCACAGGAGAUGAACUCACCUCCCGUUCCCUGGACAGACUUCCCAAGACCCGCUCCAUGGACAACCUGCUAACAGCUUUUGAGAAUGGGGUACCCCUGACACGCACAUCCAGUGACCCCAAUCUCAACCAGCACUGCCAGGAGGGUCGCUCUGCCCUGGAGCCUUCGCCUGCUAUGGAAGAAACCUCUGCAGACUCUGACGAGGUCAUACCUGACACUGGACCGGACACUGCUGAGGUGGAACCUCUACAUCAAAGUCCUACCAAGACCCAGGAGGAUGUUCUAGGUGCAGAGAGCUGUGAGGAGGAGACUGUGGAAGAGCCCUGUCUGACCACACAGCCCCUGCCCUCUCUGCCCCUCCCCCCUGUCCCUCUCAGGAAGCAGGUCACACUAGCUCACACUCUGCUCCCCACACCUGUCGUCCAGCAGGCUUUGACUCAGAUCGCAAACCCUCCACUCCCACCAUCUCUGCCGGAGGCUGAGAGCCCCCAUAGGACUGCUGAGAGCGCCACUUCACCCACUCAUAAAUCAGAGCCGUGCUUACCUCUUCCCUGCAACGGCACUCAACCUGCAUUGUCCACACCCACCUUGCUGCUUAACGGUCACAUUGACAGUCAGGCAAAUGGCCUCCCAGAAUCUGCAGGCCUGCUUGCUCUGAAGCAGCUAACACCACUCCUUCCCAUGGAAGACUCCACCGAAACCCUCACAGAUGAGGGAGAGCUUCCCCCCACCCCACCCCCCACAGUGAGCGAGGAUCUCAUUGAGAAUUUUAACAGUGAGGAGCAGCCUGAGUCACAGCCCCAGGCUCAACCACAGAAGGAGAAGGAGGACACGAGGACAGAUGUUGUGAAAGGACGAGAGCAUGUGCUAACAGUUGCAGCAGCUCCUGUGGACUGCACUCAGGUUGCAGCUCGCCAUCUGAUCUCCCAGAGCCAGCUCUCAGACUUGUCACUGCUCGGCUCUCACUGGGAAAGCGUUCGAGGUCUUGUCCAGUCUGCCUGCAGCAGUGCCAGUCACUCUGGUGUCAGCCGGGCCUUACAGCCCAAUUCUUACCAGAGCCGCCGCCUUGCUAGCAAACUACUCCGCUCCCAGGGAUUUGCUAUCGCUAAUGGAUCCCAGUGCUGCCGCAGGGAGGCUCUUGGUUGUCCCAGCAGCAACACGCAGCCUGGAUGGCUGUCUGCAGCCAGGACUGCAGGCUACAUCGGCUUGUAUGGGCCUGCUGCCGCCGCCGCUGCCCUCAACAGCUAUGCCCUAGCAGGCCAUCAGCUUCUACCAGUGCCCCACACUUCACCCUCUGCUUCCAGCUCCCCUCCGCCACCUCAGGCCCCAGCUUACCUCGAUGAUGACGGGCUGCCGGUGCCAAUGGAUGCCGUCCAACAGAGGCUGCGGCAAAUCGAGGCAGGUUACAAGCAGGAGGUGGAGGUGCUGCGACAGCAGGUGCGACAGCUGCAGAUGAAGCUGGAGAGUAAACAGUACGGCACCCCUCCCUCAGAGCCAGACAUUGACUACGAGGAUGACAUUACGUGUCUGCGGGAGUCCGACAACAGCAACGAGGAGGAUUCUUUGUCUACCCACAGUGAGGAUCGUCUGUCUGAGGGCAGCUGGGAUCGAGUGGAGCCCAGGGACACAGAGGUCACGAGGUGGGUGCCUGACCACAUGGCCUCCCAUUGUUUCAACUGUGACUGUGAGUUCUGGAUUGCCAAGAGACGUCACCACUGCAGGAACUGUGGCAAUGUGUUCUGUAAAGACUGUUGUCAUCUGAAGCUGCCCAUCCCAGACCAGCAGCUGUACGACCCAGUGCUGGUCUGCAACACCUGCCACGACCUGCUCCUGGAGGCCCGCACCCGCGAGAUCCGCAGCCAGCAGCUCAAGAAGGCCAUCGCCACAGCCUCCAGCUGAGAGACGCGUCGUGUAGCGUGGCCUGCCUCGCCUCUGUCCUGCUCGCUUUGGAUGGAUGAGCCGAGAGCCCCGUUGUAAACCUGCCGUGGGUUUUGGGGGUGAAUAUGAGGAGGAAUUGUUACUGUUUGGGACGCUCGGUUUGCACUGUUAGACUGUCUGAGCGGAGGUGACGAGGAACGGGAAGGUCUAAGAUGGAGUCGUGAGUGCAGGAGGAGGGUUUUCCUCCAGAACCACCCCUUUCUGUUCAAAGACAUUUCCAGCCUGGAGCGCUGCAGCGUCCUGCUGUCCGAGGCCCACCCACCUUUAGUACCAAACACCUGCACCCUCCUGACAGACACCGUCUCGCGCUUCAGAGGACAAUCGCUCACCCUUCCAUGUGACGGGGACUCCAAAGCCUUCACCAGUACUAUUAUCGGAGGCUAAAUUCAAAAAGAAAAGAAUUGCUGCUACAGUGUUUAAAAGUCUAAUUUUGUAUUCUUAUUUUGUGCACUACUAGCUGUCAUGUAUUUGAGGGAAUUUGAGACCAAACUUGAGCAAAAGGGAGAAAUCUGCUGUUUACUUUGCCACCGCAUCUUUAUUUUUGUUUGUUUUUCUUAGAGCCUGAAUGUAAUAUGUAAUGGAUAACUGGAUCGACUUUAUGUUCUUGUGUAUUUGGUGGGUUGUAUAUGUGUUCAUUGCUGCAAUGUGUUCUCAAAAUUAUGUAUAUGCACAGUCAAUGUGGUUCUGUCUUUUAUCAAUGCUUUUCUCCAGUAUAGCCAUUAUGCGACAUUCGAUGCUCUGGGGUUGGGGGGGGUUAUUGUACGUAUGGACAGAUGCAAUGCUGCGUGUUGUUUGUUUUGCGGGACGUGUGCUUGAUAAGUGGAAAGGAGGAGAAUAUAAUGAUGCUGGAAGACUGCAGAUGUCUCGAGUCUGCUGAUGUGAGAAAAAGAAGUGAAGUUAAGGUAGCGCUGGUUUUCUUUGACGUGAUGGAGAGAAUCUUUUCUGCUGAGAUGCUUGAGAACGACUGGUUCAACAUCCGUAUAAAGCUUGAUGUCCAUCUGACUGAUGACUCCUCAGACUGCUCGCUAACUGGCAGUAAGGACUGCUCGGGGAAAAGACUGAACAAAGUGCUUGGAUUUUCUCUUUCUGAGAGUUUGGCCACAGUCCUCUCUAAAAAAAAUGUGUUUGUCUACUGGUUGUUCCUUGAGACAAUGGUGCCAUAUUUAGUUUUGUCUAUUUUCAAAGCCUUUUUCUUUCUUCUGGAUGGCAGCAGGUUUCCAAUUGGCCAACUCCGUUUGUUUAACGGUACAGAUAGUCAUCUGUUCAAUAACACUGAGGCAACUAAACUUUAACAGCUGUUUCAAUCUGAUAAUGAGGCUAACCUUUCAAAUGGAUGAUUGGAUGUGAGUGAAUUAGUUAAACUCAUGUGGUUAUCCAUCAUGUGAUCGCUGGGAUUUUAUCACAAGGUGUUCAUGAAGUCAGAAUCUUUCAGAUGAGCUCAGAAAUGUAACAUACAUAGUUAUCUGAUCUGUAGUGGUGGCUAAACCCUGUCACUUAAUGAAUAUAUUGUUGUAAAGAAAUGCACUGUUAAAGUUAAAUCCCAUGGGUUAAAAUAAAAGAUUAUAUCAUG